AUGGCUGCGUCCACAAAGUUUCUGAGAGAGUACAAACUCGUUGUCGUCGGCGGCGGUGGUGUUGGUAAAUCCUGCUUAACCAUCCAAUUGAUUCAAAGCCAUUUUGUCGACGAAUAUGAUCCAACAAUUGAAGAUUCAUACCGAAAGCAGUGUGUUAUCGACGAUGAGGUGGCCCUCCUCGAUGUCUUGGAUACUGCUGGCCAGGAAGAAUACAGUGCUAUGCGCGAGCAAUAUAUGAGAACCGGAGAGGGCUUUUUGUUGGUCUACUCAAUUACGUCUCGCCAAAGCUUUGACGAAAUCACCACUUUCCAACAGCAGAUCUUACGAGUCAAGGACAAGGAUUAUUUCCCCAUGGUUGUUGUGGGCAACAAGUGUGAUCUCGAAGGCGAGCGUGAAGUGACCAGGCAAGAGGGUGAAGCUUUGGCACGAUCUUUCAACUGCAAAUUUAUCGAGACAUCAGCGAAGUCGCGCAUCAAUGUCGACAAAGCGUUCUAUGAUAUUGUUAGAGAGAUACGAAGAUACAACCGCGAAAUGCAAGGCUAUUCCACUGGCAGCGGCGGUGGAUCUGGUGUAAACGGCCCUCCCAAGCCUAUGGACAUGGAAGAUGGGGAGAAAGAGGCUGGCUGCUGCGGCAAGUGUGUCAUUAUGUGA